UCUAAGUAUAUGUCAGUAUUGCUUACGGAGUAAGGAUCACCAGUUCUGUCUGUCACACACACAGAUUCAGAUUCAAGAGCUCGCUCACUCUUUUUUACGCACACGUGUUCAAUCAUCUAACACUGUCAUUCCGUGAGGACUAAAUCAAACAACACUGCCACCUUGUGCCUGCUCCAUAUGCAAGACAUUAAACAAGGCCUGAAAAGUAAGGAAAUGCUGCUGGCCAUAGAAAUCAGAUUUUAAUUUUCAUGAAGGAAUAUGCCUGGCAUUUUGGUGUAUGGAUUCGUAGUUUUUUUUUAAAGAUACAUCAAAAAUGUAGGCUAUGCCAAAAGUAGUUCUUUGUUAAUGAUCUUUAUGACUAAAAACUUCGUGUUUUGUAAUCGUUUGAUCAUUUACAAAAAAGGUUGUAUGUGUGUGGUAGCCUUUCUCCAGAUUUAAUUAAAGUGAAAAGUAAACAAUUGAAAAUAGAAAUAAGAAGACACGAAAUGUCUACGUUCCCCGCGCGCAGCAGUUUUAUUGCCAUAUGCAAUAUCAGUAAAAGUAUUAUAACAGAAAAAAAACAAUAACAGAAACAAUAUUGACACACAAUAAGUUUUAAUAAGCAGUGAAAUUAAUUAUGGAAUAACAUUAAUAUAGUCCGCUGAUACUCCAAUGUUCAAUAGCAACAAUUGCGAUCUUCCCUCAGGGCCUUUUUGAAGUCCAUGCCUGUAGAAACAAAAAAUGUCAAUAAUAAACCCAGUUGUUAUGAACAUUGCAGCAACUGCGGCUUACGAACGCAGUAAAUUGUCUAUUUUUAAUCUAAUUGUUAAAAUGGAUGUUUUGUUUUGUUGUUCAAUUUAUGGAUGAAAUUACGCAUAGAGUGUUUUAUUUAAAAAAUAUUGGUAAGAGAUUCUCAACUAAUAAUUAAUGUGCGUAAUAGGCUAUAUAAAACACAUUUGUCUGUUUUAACGUAAUAAAGGGCACAAAAUAAGCUUGUAAUAAUGAGUAGCCUUAUUUAUGAAGGCAGAAUGCUACUGAGUGUGUUCGCAUGUGGUUUUGUUAGUGAGUGUGUGAGGGAGAAAGACAGACUGAGAGGAGGCGGGGUUGUUCUGUUCACUGCAUCGAGUCUACAGUCUUCUGUUUGCCACGGAUAAUGGCUGGGGAAAGCUUUAAUUUGCCAUCAAAAAAUUGAGUCGAUUUAAGUAAUCCAUAUGUCUACAUAUUGUUUAUAUGGUGCGUAAGAUUUAUUCAUUUGUAUAUUAUAGUAAUUCGUUAUUAACAACAUUCUAAACACGUUCAUGAAAUGGACACAUUUAUUGCCAUCCGGCUAUUUUGCGUAAACUUUGAGCCAAUCUGUUGUCUGCCACUGCUAAUUCAAUUUGAAUCAUCUAAGACAUAAUUCAAAGUUGCCAUGGAAAUGAAAAAAAAUUCCAUGGGAACUUUUAAUUCCAAACAUUUCCUUACAAGAACCGCAGGGCAAUGUGAGUUCGCUGUACUUCAAAACAUCUAAUUCAUGGAGGUCAUUAGACGGCCACAUAAUUUUACAGAAUUAUCUCGUGUUAGUCAAAAACCAGGAUAGUGUGUUACUAUAAGUGCUUAGCUGCAUAGAAGAGAUCUGUUAAAACUGUCACGUAACUAUUAGGGAUUUUGUUUUAGCACAGACACAUCGACAUAGAUCACAGGCUAGCUGGGCUUGGAAUACUCAACUGACUUAACGGUGAAAUUUGCAAUUGUAAAAAAAUAAAAAAUAAAAUAAGACAACAUAGACUUUCCACUAUAGUCAGACAAGGUCACUAUAAAACGCGCCAGAAUGCGCGUUGCUUGUUUUUGCUCAGAUCAUCGUCACACAUGCGUAAAUUACACACCAGAAGUGAGAUUUUGGCGCAUUUUUGUGUGCGUAGUUUCGUCGAGGGUAAAAAGAAUACAGGCCAAACGGGAUGUCUAUUUAUUGCCUCUUCAAACGCUAAAACACAGCCCUGUGAUUUGUCUUGAGGGCUGCAAUAAAACACUUAAAGCUCCUACUCUUCAGUCACAUAAGCAUACCAAUUGCAGACGGAGUGUAAUGUGUUCAACUCACUACUUCAUUCACAAGACUGAUGCCGUAAAAUAGAUCCACGUAUUAAAUAUUGUCCCAUCAAAGGCUUUUAGUUCAAAGCCGUUGGAGCAAUAAGGUUGAACAUCAAAGACUCAGAACUGCAUAGACACAACCUACACUAUAUGAUCUCUCAAUUAAGAAAAACUAUAAGUUGACAAUUUUAUUUUACGCAAUUGAAAGCUAUAAGGAUUGAUCAUGCAUUUUUGUCUGCUUAAAAAUAUUUAGGUACAGGAAGGUGCAAAAUGUAAGUUUAUCAAGUUGCCUAUAGCAUAAAAUAAUUUGCUUACUUAAAAGGAUGAUAUGUCUAAAAAAUGACACGUUUAGCGCAUUCCAAGUUUGGAAACAGUUCCGUUUCCACAAUGUGAAAUACUCACAAUAUAAAAAUAUGAAUGGCAUGAGAUAAAACGCUCGAUCACACUUUUCACGGAAGAAAUAUUUGUUUUACUGUUUUCUAUUACUUUCAUAAGUUUUUGACCACACUAUAUAAAUAGUGUUAUUCCCAACUCAAUAGUAAUAUGUACAGUUUUGCGCUCUCUUUUAUAAUAUACAUUUAUUUGAAUUUAACUUUUGCUGCCUCCAAUGAAUAUUUUACACAUUUAUUGCCACUUCGUUUAAUUACAAUUUGUAUUAAUAUGAUUACAGGUAUUUGUAGCAUUAAUGAGAAAUUGACAAAUAUACGAAAAUAAAAUCACGUUCAGCAGACUGAAACUGAUCAAAUAACAGAUAAUAUAAAUAUAAUUUCAACCCAUUCUCUAUGCCCAUAGUAACAUUUUGACGGUCUGCAUUUUUCCAAAUCAUUACAAUCCAUUAAAAAGAGAGAAAAGGUGAAUCCGUAAUAUUGAUUAUUUCCUAAAGUAACUAAAAGCCGGAACUAAAGAAAUAUUGUACGCAUUUAAUCAAUCGUUAAGCAGAUUAGUCUAUUUUAAAGAUGUUAAAUGCUUUUUCGCACUGUCAGACUGGAAGUAAAUUUUACUAUUCUGUCAAUCUCUUGUUUUGCGCACCUCUUUCUUAACCACUGUUUUAGCCUCACACUUUCCGUCAUGUGGCCUGCAUUAAGGUCAUGGAGCUUACCCUAAACCACUCGGUACAAACCAGUCCUUUCCUCCACAAAACUCAACGGAAAUAUAUAAAAUAUUCAUUUAACUAACAUAAUUAUUUGACGAAGUAAUAAUGUUGUAUUUGCAUAUUCAACAGUUGUCAUCGCAAGUAAUUCUGUAAAAAAAAGUAUUGUAAAUGCAAAAAAACAGUCUAUACUGUAAUGCAAAUGUAAAUGUAUAGUGCUUUUCCAUAAACAUUCCGUAAACCCUAAAGAAAAAAAAUGCUACAAAAUGUGCAGCUCUCUGUUCACGAGAUAAGAGACUCGCUGCACAGCCCCCAUACAUUCAAAGGAGUAAUUGCCUCAGAGCUGGAAGUCCUCAGUUGGUUUUGUUACUUUUAUGGCACCAAGGCGCGUUUGACGCAUUCUUUAGUAAUAUGCCCCUUCCCCCUCCUUCCUUAGGUUCUUUUUACAACUGAAAUUAUCAAUACAUUACAAAUGGGCAAAGGAAAAGCGCAGACGUUUCCUCUUCAGCCUCAUGAAAGCCCGAGGAAAUUAGACAGAGAGAGAAAACAAACAAACAAACACUGCGGUGAUAUCUACUGAAUAAAAAAAAGAUUAGCGUGGUCCCUUUUUUCCAAGAUGAAUCCUGGUCACCGUUUAUCAUUAUAACAAUGUGUAGAAAUGUGCAUGAGAAGAUUUAGUUUUUAGUUAUCGGAAUAUCAAUGUUAUUCGCACCUUUUAAAAGAGGGUUGGUGAUACAAAUUGUGUGCGGAUACAAUAGCUUAUGUAAACUAGCUGAAUAGCUCGUCACAUUCUUUUUACCUAUAACAUACAUAAGAGACAAUUACUUAUUAUUUAUUACAAUGUAUUACGCCCUGAAGGUAGAACUGUCGUCAUGAUUAAGAUAUUCCAUAUUACAUUCAUUGUAUUAAUUAUAUAUAGUCUGCAUCAGUAACGUAAAAACUGCUUAAACGAAUCAUCCAGGUAACUCGUUAAUAUUAAAUGUUGCUUGUUGUAAAAUGCGUGUAAUACUUCGAGAAUCACUGUCUCAUUACACGUGGACAGGCUUCACAACAGCAGACAGAACAAACUUACUUGCUGAUAAAUGUACAAAAAGUUCGUAAUAGCUCGGUCGUGUGUGUGUGAUUCUUCGUUUCUUAGUGUGUAUGUGUGUGUGUUUACUUAAACGUUAUAAACUGAAACCACUGGGAUAAGAAGCUACAAGCUCGAUAUUCCUACGGUACACAGCGAAUUCAAUUGGCUGAAAGUGGUCAGGUGACGCUGUCAUAUUGUCCUUCCAUGAGCCAAGCCUUGGCUAUAACACUUGGUUUGCGCGUCUUAACCGGAGACUGGAAAUUAAUAUUAUUGAAAUCAUUCUGAAGUUCAUUUGAAAGAGAGUUAGCAAAGCAGACAGAAGACGUCUGUACAUGACAGAAGGAAAGCGAAGCACAAAGAAAGUGUGAGAUUGAGGAAGGGGAAAUAAGAUAGGAGGGCGAGUUGAUGAGAGGGCGAUAGGGAAGGUAUGAAUUCGUAUUUCGCGAACCCGUCGCUCUCCUGCCAUUUAUCUGGUGGGCAAGAGGUUUUGCCCAACAUGCCUCUGAACACGACCACAUACGAUUCAGUCAGACAUUUUUCUUCUUAUGGCACCACGGUGACCCAAAACCGGAUUUAUGCGUCCCCUUUCUAUUCACCUCAAGAUAACGUUGUGUUCGGAUCAAGUCGAGGACCGUACGAGUAUGGAUCUAACGUGUUUCUUCAAGAUAAGGACGUGCUUCCCAGUUGCAGACAAAGUAGUAUGGGACUCAAUGCGCAGAGCCACGUUCCACAGGAGUACAGCCUGGAACAAGCUCGUGCAGGAACACAGGAACAGAAGGGGAACAACAUUCAGAUCUUCCCGUGGAUGCAACGUAUGAACUCGCACAGCGGAGUUGGGUACGGGUCAGACAGAAGAAGAGGUCGCCAAAUUUACUCCAGAUACCAAACCUUGGAAUUGGAAAAAGAAUUUCACUUCAAUCGCUAUUUAACCAGACGUAGGCGCAUCGAGAUCGCCAACGCUCUAUGCCUAACCGAGCGUCAAAUCAAAAUCUGGUUCCAAAAUCGGCGCAUGAAGUGGAAGAAAGAGACCAAUCUAACUUCUACUGUACCGGGGACCGAAUCGACGGGUACUUCUCAGGAGACAGAGAAGGAGACCGAAGAGGAGACAGAAGAAGCUGAGAAAAAGGAUUAGGAAACCGUGUUUUCGAACGCCUGUUAACUGCAACGUAACUACCUAAACUCUGAGAAUUGCAAAUAUUAAUGCAUGGACCGUAUACUCCGCUAUUUCUUUGAUCACCCCACUCCUCAAACCAGCAACCACACACACAACUACCACAAAGUCACUUGCAUAUACACAUUUAGAAUCAAAAGGAGAGAUUAAAUGGGAGAGAGAAGCGCACGUUAUGCACCAUUAUGCAAUUCACUACUCUUUGUAUUGAAUAGGAUAAAAUGCCACAAAGUGGUAUAAAAUGCCACAAAAUAUCUAUUUGUGUGGUUGACAGCUGUAGUAUUAUCAUGUUGCUAUAGGCUAUUAGAAAAUUACGUGGAUACAAUUGUAUUGUUAUUUGAUAGACUGUUACCCAAACUACACAGCCUCCAAACAAAGUAUCCUAAGCAUUCCAAAAGUCAAUGUAACUUCUAUGCAUAUUCAGUGUUUUUGUCCACGCGUAUUUGUACAACGAUGCAAACACUGACGGGAUGAUCUAUACUACCUAAAUCCUUAAUACAUUGUAUUUUCUUUCUUUUCUUAAUUUUGCCUUUGCCCCGUCAGUGUUGUGAUGUUUAAAAUGCCACUGUACAUCAUAAUUGUAGCUGUAUGCAUAUAAACUUGUCUUAAUAGAAAAUCCAUAUGAAAAAAUGUAA